AUGGCCAACACGACAGAGUUGAGUCUCACAGGAGAAAUGAGUAAAUAUUCCCAAGACAUGCAAGUGGAUAAAAAACUCAUUCCCAGAAAAGUUCCAACCUUGUGCUCUAUGCGUUAUGUAAUAGCCUUUGUCACACAUCUCUGCAACUUCACAUUAAGGGCACAGGCUAUGAUCAUCAAUAUCACCAUGGUGGCCAUGGUCAACACCACAAACCAUCAAUUCCAAUUUAAUGACUCCACUGAGGGGUUUUCUGACUCAUUUGAUGCCCCGACCAGUCUUCCUGCAAGGGCACCUGUGUAUAAUUGGAGCCCUCAAAUCCAGGGCAUUAUCUUUGCAUCUGUCAACUAUGGUACAAUUCUGACGCUGGCUCCCAGUGGAUACCUUGCUGGAAUAAUAGGAACCAAAAGAGUGGUUGGUUUUGCUUUGUUGGGAUCUACACUUCUCACACUCUUCAUUCCUCUGGCAGCUGACCAUGGACUAAUUCUCCUCAUUACAACUCGAGUAGUUCAGGGCUUAGCCCAGGGAUCAGCACUUGGGGGUCAGUUUGCACUUUGGGAAAAAUGGGGCCCUCCACACGAACGAAGCCGACUCUGUACCAUUGCUUUAUCGGGAAUAAUGCUGGGAAUCUUCGUCGCCAUUCUCCUUGGUGGCAUCAUUAGCCAAGCCCUCGGGUGGCCUUUUGCCUUUUAUGUCUUUGGAGGUAUUGGUUCUGUCUGCUGUCUUCUCUGGUUUACUCUAGUUUAUGAUGACCCCAUCUCUCACCCGUGGAUAACCAUCACAGAAAAAGAAUAUAUCCUAUCUUCCUUGGAACAACAGGUUAUCUCUUCUUCUAAGCCAUCUCUCCCCAUCAGAGCUAUGGUCAGCUCUCUUCCACUUUGGUCCAUGUGUCUCUGCUGUUUUACGCAUCAGUGGUUAGCCCAGACAGUGAUCACAUACUUACCAACUUACAUCAGCUCUGUGUUUAAUAUUAACAUCAGAGACAAUGGACUCAUGUCUGCCCUUCCUUUUAUUGUGUCCUGGUUCAGUGGAAUACUAGGAGGUCAACUGGCAGAUUUUCUACUUUCAAAGAAUCUCAGGCUUGUUACAGUGAGGAAAAUUGCUACAUUUGUAGGGAGUCUCCCUCCUUCAAUCUUGCUUGUCAUCCUGCCGCACCUCAACUCCAGCUAUAUCACGACAAUGGCCCUCCUGACGGUCUCCUGUGGGUUGCUCCCACUCUGUCAGUCCGGAGUCUAUAUCAAUGCCUUAGAUAUCGCUCCAAGACAUUCCAGUUUUCUCAUGGGAGUCUCGAGGGGAUUUUCUCAAGGAGCAGCUAUCUUGUCACCAACUGUUUGUGGAUUUCUUCUUGAUCAGGAUCCUGAAUUUGCAUGGAGGAAGGUCUUCUUCAUGUUGUUUGCCAUUGAUCUAGCAGGAUUGAUCUUAUUUCUCGUAUUUGGAAAAGCAGAUGUCCAAGAAUGGGCUAAAGAGAGUAAACUCACUCGUUUAUGA